AUGUCCACCUCAGAUCCAUCAUAUACUGUGUUUAUUCGGCUCCCGUUCCCAAGAGGAGACUUUGUAGAUCCUCCCGCUGUGGAAUGGGACGCUUCAAAGGACAAGGCGUUAUGGAAGACCCUCAACAAAUACUCCAAGAAUAGUGAUAUUGAUUGGAAUGAGCUAGCAACCAAAUUCGAAGUCUCCCAAGCCUUUCUCCUCCAACAGGCAGCAUGGCUCUACGAACAAAAACUGCUGCAUGUUCGAGCACAAAUGAGAAAAGUUGGAGCUUCGAAAGGCUCUGCGGCACCAUCUCCAGUCCCCGGUAGCACAUACGAAACGUCUGGCGGAGAGUUGAUGGGGAGAACCAAUUCCGGUGGAGGAGGUGGGUUACACCAAGCUCUUCUUGGGAUGAAGGCUCAUAUAUUAGCAGGUCCGAGAACAUCAUCAGCUCUGUCGGCUAGGAAGGAAAUACCAGUGGCAAGAAAUGAUGCUAUUCCAGGUACUCCGGUGGGGAGGGCAAUGGGUAUGUCAAUCUUCAGAUAUACGAAGCAGUCACUAAUACCGCCAGCACCUCCAUUCUCCCGCACAUCAUCCGCGAAUACAACAGUAACGUCACGGAAUAUGCCUCAAACCUCCCCACGUCUCGCACACGCAACGUUGAAUCGACGGUCCCUCUCCCCCAAACCCCCCAGAUCCCGACCCGCAUCCAUCGCCCACGACCCUCCCGCCAUAUCCCCCCAACCCGACCCCCUCUCAUCUCCCUCCUCCGAACCAACAUCCUCCUCAGACUCCGAACCCCCCGCUCAAAGCCGUCUCCUCCGCCGUCCCCCACGCUUCACAACCAAACACGGCCAAUCCGAAGACGGCGACGGCUCCGACGACGAGCCAGCCUUCACCCAACACCACGAUCCGAGCGCCACCCUCCGCGAAGACCCACGAAAUACAACGAGACGAAACGUACCUACGCACAAGAAAUCCAUCGCCACGGUCAAUCAAUCACAGACAUCAGAUUCGUCUGCUAGUUCGGCGGCGACGCCCGCGAGAGCACGACCAGAUCCUGUUCCGAAGGAGGGAGCACAUAGACAUAGACUUACGGGGCCGUUGUCACCUCGACGAACUGCGGAGUUGGCGGGGAGAAGUCCUAUUUCGAAAGGGAAAGGGAGGGAGGGCAGUGAUGGGACGCCGAGUAUGGGGAGUAGUUUUAGCGACCUUGAUGAUGCAUCAGUAACGCAAAGCGCCCUCGAAGAAGCACUAGCUAGUAACAUGCAAGCGGGAGGUGGAAUGGCAUCUCGCAUGUCCAGCAUAAGCCAGGCGUUGAGAAGUAAAUAUCUUAAUUGA